CCUCUGACUAGCUCCGCCAAGGGGGAUACUCUGGGCACCACCUCCCGGGGCAGUUGCGCCUCUCAGGGCACUCGGGCAUCCCCGGCCAGGGGAAGUUGUCUUGUGAGCCUGCGGCCCUCGGGUCUCCUCCCCCUGGGCCCCGCCCCCUGCCCGGCGCGGGGGACCGCAGAGCCGCCCGGCCCGGGGGCGUCGCCGCUAGCUCUCUGGAGCCCGCGGAGCCCACGGAGCCAGCGAGCGUCCGUUUCCCUGAAAGCAGCGCUUGUGGCCCGGAGACCCAGGAACCCCUGCGCACCCCCGCCACGGCGCGCGCCCAGAGCGCGGGAGCCCGGAGCACCCGGCGCCUGGGACCCCGCGCAGCCAGUGGCCAGCCCGCGGGGCUAGCCAGGGAUGCGGGCUGCACUGUGAACCCGGGCGCCAGGGCCAUGGCCGGCGCCCGCUGCCGGACCCUGUACCCCUUCUCCGGGGAGCGGCACAGCCAGGGGCUACGCUUCGCUGCGGGCGAGUUGCUCACACUGCUCCAGGUCCCGGACGGCGGCUGGUGGGAAGGCGAGAAGGACGACGGGCUUCGUGGCUGGUUCCCCGCCAGCUACGUGCAACUGCUGGAGAAGCCUGGGAUGGUCCCCCCUCCGCCGGGAGAGGAGAGCCAGACGGUCAUCCUUCCACCUGGCUGGCACAGCUACUUGUCUCCUCAGGGCCGCCGUUACUAUGUCAACACGACUACCAAUGAGACCACCUGGGAACGGCCCAGCAAUUCUCCUGGGAUUUCAGCCAGCCCUGGCCCUCACAGGAGCUCUCUGCCUCCAACAGUGAAUGGAUACCACGCAACAGGGACCCCGGCGCACCCUCCAGAGACUGCCCACAUGAGUCUCCGAAAAUCCACCGGUGAUUCCCAGAACCUGGGAUCCUCCUCGCCAGGCAAAAAACAGAGCAAGGAGAACACCAUCACAAUAAACUGUGUGACGUUCCCUCACCCAGACACAAUGCCUGAACAGCAGCUGCUCAAGCCAACUGAGUGGAGCUAUUGUGACUACUUCUGGGCAGAUAAGAAAGACCCACAAGGCAAUGGCACGGUGGCUGGGUUUGAACUACUGCUGCAGAAGCAACUGAAAGGCAAGCAGAUGCAGAAGGAGAUGUCUGAGUUCAUCAGGGAAAGGAUAAAGAUUGAAGAGGAAUAUGCGAAGAACCUGGCUAAGCUCUCUCAGAACUCUUUGGCUGCCCAGGAGGAAGGCUCCCUGGGAGAAGCGUGGGCCCAAGUGAAGAAGAGUCUGGCAGAUGAGGCUGAAGUUCAUCUCAAGUUCUCUGCCAAGCUCCACAGCGAGGUGGAGAAACCACUUAUGAACUUCCGCGAGAACUUCAAGAAGGACAUGAAAAAGUGUGACCACCAUAUUGCUGACCUCCGCAAGCAGCUGGCCAGCCGCUAUGCCUCAGUGGAGAAGGCCCGCAAAGCCCUCACAGAGCGGCAGAAGGACCUGGAGAUGAAGACCCAGCAACUAGAGAUCAAGUUGAGCAACAAGACUGAGGAGGACAUCAAGAAGGCACGAAGGAAGUCCACUCAGGCUGGAGAUGACCUCAUGCGCUGUGUGGACCUCUACAACCAGGCCCAGUCAAAGUGGUUUGAAGAGAUGGUGACAACCACACUGGAGCUGGAACGGCUGGAGGUGGAGAGGGUGGAAAUGAUCCGACAACAUCUGUGCCAGUACACACAGCUGCGGCAUGAGACAGACAUGUUCAACCAAAGCACAGUCGAGCCUGUGGACCAACUGCUGAGAAAAGUGGACCCAGCCAAAGACAGGGAGCUAUGGGUCAGAGAGCACAAAACAGGCAACAUUCGCCCAGUGGACAUGGAGAUCUAGAUGCGCCUGUGUGGUCCCCAGGGGUCCUGCUGAGGAGAGGAGCUGGGGGUCCCAUGGAGAAGGGGUGGAUCUGCCCUGUUACCUGCUGACCUGGCCACAGAGAAGGAGGAAAAGGGCCGGUGAUGCCAGAAAGAGGGCCCAGCCAGGGACUCCCCAAUAUUCCCAGGCCAUAAAGAUGGAUUCACAGCCCUGACUCCAUCUCUAAGACUGAAGCCUCCCCUCCAAUUUCCAUGCUGUGCUUGUCACUCUGAGAAAAAAACUGAGGCUAAAACCCUGGGGUCCCUGCUGAGUUCCAUUUGGGUGGCCAUCAAAUUUCUGUGCCCCAGGUAUCCAGGGCCUGUCCUCCAGCUGGCUUCUCAUCUCCUGGGCUACAGAAAGAGGGAGGGAGGGAGGGAGGGAGUUCUCUGUCUCCAAACAAUGCCAGGAUCAGAAUCAAGGAUAGGAGGCACUUACCAGCCCACAGCCUGCACCCACAACUUUUUUCAGCCUUCCCUAUUUUUCCCCUACUGCAUUCUGAGAGCUCACAUCUAUUUUUUUUUUUUUUUCAUCCCUUCACACAAGGCUGGUGUUGGUGUGGUGGGGGUAGGGGGUGUCUUCUCAACACAACUCUGGAAAGAUCAGGACAGAACUACCUCAGUUGGCAUCACCAGAUCAUGGCUCCGGUCUGUUUCAGAUCAGGCACUGGCUAUAAAGUCUACCACGGAAGUCCCAAUCUGUCCUUCCUUUCAGCCUCUUUCUCAAGAAGGAAGCUCCCUGCUCUCACAAUGAUACCCCUUCCCAGGCUCAAUAGAAGACAUUUUCAAAGUCCUCAGACAGCUAUGUGCAUAUUCAAAGGCUUUAGGGGUGGGGUCUCAGAAAGUAUUGUAUGCCACAUGCUCACUGUCCAGAGUUCUGCCACACCGCUGACCACAGGUUGUUCUCUGGUGGCCCCAGCUCUGGAUGUACAUGAUGGGGUAGGAACUGAUGUCCCCCUUGCUGGCACUGGACAGUAGCCCAGACUUUUUGGCUGUAGGUUAUUGCCACAUAGGAGAAGGAACUUGUUAAAUAGUGAGCAGGGAGCCCUGGAUGGGAGGUCAUCCCUCUUCAUCUUCCUACAGGUAACUUUGUAUUUGACUUGUUUAUCUCCCCAAGGGCCAGAAUCCUGUGAGUGCAACUCAUACCUUUCCAUCUUACAUGCUAACAGCAGGCAGUUUACUAAUCUCAACCCUUUCUGGUGCCUCAUCCACAGAACCAUCUCUCAUGAUUCUUAGGAGGAUGCCUGAUACACUAAAGCAAACUAAGCAUUGUCACUUUUCUUACUGACACAUCUCAACCACAAAGGACAUUUCACCAACCCGUGCUCUGCAUUACAGGACUCAGCAUGAACCAGCUAUCAAUAUUAGGAUAUGAUUUCCCGGUUUCUGUAUUAAAAGAUGGGUGCUGUGGUUUAGUGACCUAAUUUGUGAGUGAUGGUCUUGUCAUACACAGGGGUUUUGGGGACCACAAUGUGGCUCAUGACUUUGUUCCCUUUCCCAUCCAAAGGGUUCAGAUGUCACUUGCUCCAGCAAAACCCCGGUUGGUUGAUGUGAGCCAAUUCAUUCUGAGGUCAUUGCUUCCUCAUUGCCACCUCACCUCCUUUUUAAUCUAUCCACAUAUACCUUUUCCUCCUUCCCCCUUUCCUUCUAUUCAUUCAUGAAGCGUUUGGGUAUAGACAAGCAACGUAUAAUCUAUCUGAGGACAGGCUACGGCUCUGUCAUCCAAGCAAACCCUCAGACCUGUCUAGUGUAGACUCGCCUCUUUCUGAGAUAAUGCCAGCUCUCCUCCUCUGCCCAUUUGAGUUCUCAGAGGUUCUGGAUGUGUGCUGGGAUUUCUGCUCAUUUGCACACUCAUUUUCUCAGUGACUGCUUGGAACUGGGUGCUGAGUGCUAGAAAUAGUCUGUGUCUAAGAGAAUUCUCUCCAGUCUACUUCAUGCACAGGUAGACACAUGUGUUUAGACCCGUCUGGAGAGAAGGUACAAUCCCACUUUGCACUGGGAUUCUUAAGGUAUUAACUGUGCUAGGAGGUCUUAACCCAGCAGCAAGAUUUGAGUCUCAUCACCACCAGACUCUCAGCUCCAAUUUCAGAAAUAGCUUUGAUUGCUUUUCAGUACCUUUCCUUGUACUACAAAUAGGAAGAGGAAGAGCAUGGAGGAGAAGGGUACCAGGAAAUGACACCCAGAACUAUGAGUCAGGUGUCCAUCCACCUUCACAGUACACUGUGGGUAAAAAUCAAGAAGAGCAUGAAGUCUGAGAACCUGCAAGUACAUACUAGAGUUGAGUGUUCAAGCUAUUGUUGGGGUCCUUGUUCUGUUUGAAGAACAAGGAGACCCAACCCAGAGUCAUAUGUGUCUAAACCAGUGCCCCCCCACUUAGCUACACCCAGCCCCGUUAUCUUGCUUUUGUAAAUGUGGGUGCUUAGGUUCUGAGAGGAUUUGGCUGGGUUUGUUCAGGGUGGGCGAGCAUCCAUUGUCCAGGUUGAGAGCAGCACAGUCCUUUCUACCUGCCCCCUCCCAGGAGUGCCAAUGCACUUAAGCUUUGUCUGCAAAAGCCUGAUUUUUU